AUGAUUGAAAAGUUAGUGUUCCGCUUGAAAUGCCAUGCUCAAAAGGCUCAUUUUUUCAGCGGAUUGAGUGAGGAAAUUGGUCCGUGUGAUAACUUUUUUCGGCAUGUCUGUCCGAUGGAUGAUAAACCUUAUUUGAUGAAAAUUUUGGCAGAUGAACACAGAUCUGAUUUGUCAAAGAAUUACCAAAAAACAUUUGAUCCAAAAUAUCAAACAUUAGUUGUAAGUACAUAUUUUUCAGAAAAAAAACUAUUUAAAAAAUAUUAUAGCGUGACGUAAUCCCAUAUUUUCUCAAUAAAUCCAGCCCCAAUAUCAUCGACAACUAUACAGAAACCAUAUUAUCAAAUUUGAAUAACGCUUGUGAAACAAAUCGAACCGAGUUCAAAGGCUAUCUAGAUAAAUUGGAAAAAUUUUUCGGCACGCCAUGCACGUCAUUCUUUUGUGUCUCUCAAAUAUCUGAAUUCGAUAAUUGUGAUCAAGCUUUAGAUUUUGUGAAGAAUUCUUUAAUUGCAACGUACAAUGUGUUGGGGUUACCUGAAGUAAGUGAAAAUACUACUGUAUUUGUUGGGUUAUCGAUCGAUUUUCCAGAGUAUCAACAAAAAAAUCUUAAAAUUCAUGGAUGCUCCUUCAGUUUUGUGGAGUUAUGAAUGGUUUGAUCAACAUCGAGAUUUGUAUCGGAAGUUUAAUGAGACUUCUAAAGAAAUUAUUGAGAUUUCUUCAAAACUUCUAGCGGUUAGUGGUUAACAUGAGCAAUGGGCUAGAGAAGAGAGGCUAGAGAGGCUAGAGAGCCUAGAGAGGCUAGAGAGCCUAGAUAGGCUAGAGAGCCUAGAGAGCCUUGAAAAAAAUCGAUAAAAUUUUUUAUAGGAUACACCAUGGGUAAAUCGAAUGAAUAUAACAAACAUCUUCGUACCAUAUUUUGAACAACUUCAUAUUUCGAAUCCGGAUAAGUUCAGAGAUAAAAUUAUCGAAUAUUUCGACGAUUUCAUCAAGAAAUACAACGAAUGUAUGAAGGAAAGUGAACUUCCAAAGUUAUUUUCACCAUUAUGUUAUAUAACGGUGUUUUCAAUAACUCAAAGUCCCGUGACAAUGUGGAAUGCUGGAUUUCAAGCGAUGAAUAGUCAUCCAGGAUUGUUUUUUUCGAAUAUUGUCGUUUUGCUUUCACAAAUCAAUCUUCCUUCAUUUUAUGUGAGUUACCAUUUUACAUUUUUUUUCAAAAAUCAAUUUUAUUCACAGAUUGGAUCUGUCGCUAAAGUAAUUGCUCAUGAAAUCGGACAUUCUUUGAUAAUUUCAAAAAAUCAAGAUUUCAUACCGUAUUAUUCAAAUGAGACAACAAAAUGUGUUCAAAAUCAAUUUGAAAAAUCUUGCGAAUAUUUUCAAGAAGGAAAAUGUGACACGAUUUAUUCGAGAUAUGAUGAUAAUGGAGCCGAUUUAUUCGCAUCUUUUAUGAUUUCGAAAUUAUUGAAUUCACAUUUUGGCGCGGAUAAAAAUGUGAGUUUUUGUAGCUAUUUACAGUAAUCCAAAGAUAUGUUUUUUUUUUACAGAAUUUGGUAGAAGGAACAACGAAAAAUAUUACAAAUGCACAACUCGCUUUUAUGGCAUCUGCUACAGUAUUUUGUGAGGUAAGAAGAAGCCUUACAUUAGAAGCCUUCUGAAGCUUUCUGAAGUUUUCUGAAACUUUCUGAAAGCUCUCUGAAGCCUUCUGAAUCAUUCUGAAGUUUUCAGAAGCCUUCUAAAGCCUUCUGAAGCCUUCUGAAGCUUUCUGACGUUUUCUGAAGCCUUCUGAAGUUUUCUGAAGUCCUAAGAAGCCUUCGGACACAACAUGUCAGCCCAAUGAAAAUUGGCAAUUGGCGAGAGUGAGCUUUUUUUUUUUGGAAAAUCUCGGGCCGAUUUUUUUUUACAUUUUUGGAUUAUUCCAAAUCUGUAACUUUUUUUUUUAGAAAAUCUCGGGCCGAUUUUUUUUACAUUUUUGGAUUAUUCCAAAUCUGUAACUUUUUUUUUGAAAAAUCUUGGGCCGGUUUUUUUUUUUGAAAAAUCUCGGGCCGAUUUUUUUUUGGAAAAUCUCGGGCCGAUUUUUUUUUGGAAAAUCUCGGGCCGAUUUUUUUUUGGAAAAUCUCGGGCCGUUUUUUUUUACAUUUUUGGAUUAUUCCAAAUCUGUAACUUUUUUUUGAAAAAUCUUGGGCCGGUUUUUUUUGGAAAAUCUCGGGCCGAUUUUUUUACAUUUUUGGAUUAUUCCAAAUCUGUAACUUUUUUUUUGAAAAAUCUCGGGCCGAUUUUUUUUGGAAAAUCUCGGGCCGAUUUUUUUUGGAAAAUCUCGGGCCGAUUUUUUUUACAUUUUUAGAUUAUUCCAAAUCUGUAACUUUUUUUUUUGGAAAAUCUCGGGCCGAUUUUUUUUUGAAAAAUCUCGGGCCGAUUUUUUUUACAUUUUUGGAUUAUUCCAAAUCUGUAACUUUUUUUUUGAAAAAUAUCGGGCCAAUUUUUUUUACAUUUUUGGAUUAUUCCAAAUCUGUAACUUUUUUUUGAAAAAUAUCGGGCCGAUUUUUUUUUACAUUUUUGGAUUAUUCCAAAUCUGUAACUUUUUUUUUUUGAAAAAUAUCGGGCCAAUUUUUUUUUACAUUUUUGGAUUAUUCCAAAUCUGUAACUUUUUUUUUUGAAAAAUAUCGGGCCGAUUUUUUUUUACAUUUUUGGAUUAUUCCAAAUCUGUAACUUUUUUUUUUGGAAAAUCUCGGGCCGAUUUUUUUUUUUUUGAAAAAUCUCGGGCCGAUUUUUUUUACAUUUUUGGAUUAUUCCAAAUCUGUAACUUUUUUUUUUGAAAAAUAUCGGGCCAAUUUUUUUUUACAUUUUUGGAUUAUUCCAAAUCUGUAACUUUUUUGAAAAAUAUCGGGCCGAUUUUUUUUUUACAUUUUUGGAUUAUUCCAAAUCUGUAACUUUUUUUUGAAAAAAUAUCGGGCCAAUUUUUUUUUACAUUUUUGGAUUAUUCCAAAUCUGUAACUUUUUUUUGAAAAAUCUCGGGCCGAUUUUUUUACAUUUUUGGAUUAUUCCAAAUCUGUAACUUUUUUUUUUUUGAAAAAUAUCGGGCCAAUUUUUUUUUACAUUUUUGGAUUAUUCCAAAUCUGUAACUUUUUUUGAAAAAUCUCGGGCCGAUUUUUUUCUACAUUUUUGGAUUAUUCCAAAUCUGUAACUUUUUUUUGGAAAAUCUCGGGUCGAUUUUUUUUUUGAAAAAUCUCGGGCCGAUUUUUUUUUACAUUUUUUGGAUUAUUCCAAAUCUGUAACUUUUUUUUGAAAAAUAUCGGGCCGAUUUUUUUUGAAAAAUCUCGGGCCGAUUUUUUUUUACAUUUUUUGGAUUAUUCCAAAUCUGUAACUUUUUUUUUGGAAAAUCUCGGGUCGAUUUUUUUUUGAAAAAUAUCGGGCCAAUUUUUUUUUACAUUUUUGGAUUAUUCCAAAUCUGUAACUUUUUUUUUGGAAAAUCUCGGGCCGAUUUUUUUUUUUUUUGAAAAAUCUCGGGCCGAUUUUUUUUACAUUUUUGGAUUAUUCCAAAUCUGUAACUUUUUUUUUUGAAAAAUAUCGGGCCAAUUUUUUACAUUUUUGGAUUAUUCCAAAUCUGUAACUUUUUUUUUGAAAAAUAUCGGGCCGAUUUUUUUACAUUUUUGGAUUAUUCCAAAUCUGUAACUUUUUUUUGAAAAAUAUCGGGCCAAUUUUUUUUUACAUUUUUGGAUUAUUCCAAAUCUGUAACUUUUUUUUGGAAAAUCUCGGGUCGAUUUUUUUUUUGAAAAAUCUCGGGCCGAUUUUUUUACAUUUUUGGAUUAUUCCAAAUCUGUAACUUUUUUUUUUAGAAAAUCUCGGGCCGAUUUUUUUUACAUUUUUGGAUUAUUCCAAAUCUGUAACUUUUUUUGAAAAAUCUUGGGCCGGUUUUUUUUUUGAAAAAUCUCGGGCCGAUUUUUUUUUGGAAAAUCUCGGGCCGAUUUUUUGGAAAAUCUCGGGCCGAUUUUUUUUUGGAAAAUCUCGGGCCGUUUUUUUUUACAUUUUUGGAUUAUUCCAAAUCUGUAACUUUUUUUUUUGAAAAAUCUUGGGCCGGUUUUUUUUGGAAAAUCUCGGGCCGAUUUUUUUUACAUUUUUGGAUUAUUCCAAAUCUGUAACUUUUUUUUGAAAAAUCUCGGGCCGAUUUUUUGGAAAAUCUCGGGCCGAUUUUUUUUGGAAAAUCUCGGGCCGAUUUUUUUUACAUUUUUAGAUUAUUCCAAAUCUGUAACUUUUUUUUUUGGAAAAUCUCGGGCCGAUUUUUUUUUUUUGAAAAAUCUCGGGCCGAUUUUUUUUACAUUUUUGGAUUAUUCCAAAUCUGUAACUUUUUUUUUUGAAAAAUAUCGGGCCAAUUUUUUUUUACAUUUUUGGAUUAUUCCAAAUCUGUAACUUUUUUUUUUGAAAAAUAUCGGGCCGAUUUUUUUUUACAUUUUUGGAUUAUUCCAAAUCUGUAACUUUUUUUUUUUGAAAAAUAUCGGGCCAAUUUUUUUUUACAUUUUUGGAUUAUUCCAAAUCUGUAACUUUUUUUUUUGAAAAAUAUCGGGCCGAUUUUUUUUUACAUUUUUGGAUUAUUCCAAAUCUGUAACUUUUUUUGGAAAAUCUCGGGCCGAUUUUUUUUUUUUUUGAAAAAUCUCGGGCCGAUUUUUUUUACAUUUUUGGAUUAUUCCAAAUCUGUAACUUUUUUUUUUGAAAAAUAUCGGGCCAAUUUUUUUUUACAUUUUUGGAUUAUUCCAAAUCUGUAACUUUUUUUUUUGAAAAAUAUCGGGCCGAUUUUUUUUUACAUUUUUGGAUUAUUCCAAAUCUGUAACUUUUUUUUUUGAAAAAUAUCGGGCCAAUUUUUUUUUACAUUUUUGGAUUAUUCCAAAUCUGUAACUUUUUUUUUUUGAAAAAUCUCGGGCCGAUUUUUUUUACAUUUUUGGAUUAUUCCAAAUCUGUAACUUUUUUUUUUGAAAAAUAUCGGGCCAAUUUUUUUUUACAUUUUUGGAUUAUUCCAAAUCUGUAACUUUUUUUUUGAAAAAUCUCGGGCCGAUUUUUUUUACAUUUUUGGAUUAUUCCAAAUCUGUAACUUUUUUUUUUGAAAAAUCUCGGGCCGAUUUUUUUCUACAUUUUUGGAUUAUUCCAAAUCUGUAACUUUUUUUUGGAAAAUCUCGGGUCGAUUUUUUUUUUGAAAAAUCUCGGGCCGAUUUUUUUUUACAUUUUUGGAUUAUUCCAAAUCUGUAACUUUUUUUUGAAAAAUAUCGGGCCGAUUUUUUGAAAAAUCUCGGGCCGAUUUUUUUUUACAUUUUUGGAUUAUUCCAAAUCUGUAACUUUUUUUGGAAAAUCUCGGGUCGAUUUUUUUUUUGAAAAAUAUCGGGCCAAUUUUUUACAUUUUUGGAUUAUUCCAAAUCUGUAACUUUUUUUUUUGGAAAAUCUCGGGCCGAUUUUUUUUUUGAAAAAUCUCGGCCGAUUUUUUUACAUUUUUGGAUUAUUCCAAAUCUGUAACUUUUUUUUUUUUGAAAAAUAUCGGGCCAAUUUUUUUUUACAUUUUUGGAUUAUUCCAAAUCUGUAACUUUUUUUUGAAAAAUAUCGGGCCGAUUUUUUUUUACAUUUUUGGAUUAUUCCAAAUCUGUAACUUUUUUUUUUGAAAAAUAUCGGGCCAAUUUUUUUUUACAUUUUUGGAUUAUUCCAAAUCUGUAACUUUUUUUUGGAAAAUCUCGGGUCGAUUUUUUUUUUGAAAAAUCUCGGGCCGAUUUUUUUUUACAUUUUUGGAUUAUUCCAAAUCUGUAACUUUUUUUUUUGAAAAAUAUCGGGCCGAUUUUUUUUGAAAAAUCUCGGGCCGAUUUUUUUUUACAUUUUUGGAUUAUUCCAAAUCUGUAACUUUUUUUUGAAAAAUAUCGGGCCGAUUUUUUUGAAAAAUCUCGGGCCGAUUUUUUUUUACAUUUUUGGAUUAUUCCAAAUCUGUAACUUUUUUUUUGGAAAAUCUCGGGUCGAUUUUUUUUUGAAAAAUCUCGGGCCGAUUUUUUUUUACAUUUUUGGAUUAUUCCAAAUCUGUAACUUUUUUUUUGGAAAAUCUCGGGUCGAUUUUUUUUUGAAAAAUCUCGGGCCGAUUUUUUUUUACAUUUUUGGAUUAUUCCAAAUCUGUAAUUAUUUUUUUUGAAAAAUAUCGGGCCGAUUUUUUUGAAAAAUCUCGGGCCGAUUUUUUUUUACAUUUUUGGAUUAUUCCAAAUCUGUAACUUUUUUUUGGAAAAUCUCGGGUCGAUUUUUUUUUGAAAAAUCUCGGGCCGAUUUUUUUACAUUUUUGGAUUAUUCCAAAUCUGUAACUUUUUUUGGAAAAUCUCGGGUCGAUUUUUUUUUGAAAAAUCUCGGGCCGAUUUUUUUUUACAUUUUUGGAUUAUUCCAAAUCUGUAAUUUUUUUUUUUGAAAAAUAUCGGGCCGAUUUUUUUGAAAAAUCUCGGGCCGAUUUUUUUUUACAUUUUUGGAUUAUUCCAAAUCUGUAACUUUUUUGAAAAAUAUCGGGCCGAUUUUUUUUGAAAAAUCUCGGGCCGAUUUUUUUUUACAUUUUUGGAUUAUUCCAAAUCUGUAACUUUUUUUUGAAAAAUAUCGGGCCGAUUUUUUUGAAAAAUCUCGGGCCGAUUUUUUUUUACAUUUUUGGAUUAUUCCAAAUCUGUAACUUUUUUUUUGGAAAAUCUCGGGUCGAUUUUUUUUUGAAAAAUCUCGGGCCGAUUUUUUUUUACAUUUUUGGAUUAUUCCAAAUCUGUAACUUUUUUUUGAAAAAUAUCGGGCCGAUUUUUUUGAAAAAUCUCGGGCCGAUUUUUUUACAUUUUUGGAUUAUUCCAAAUCUGUAACUUUUUUUUUGGAAAAUCUCGGGUCGAUUUUUUUUUUUGAAAAAUCUCGGGCCGAUUUUUUUUUACAUUUUUGGAUUAUUCCAAAUCUGUAACUUUUUUUUGGAAAAUCUCGGGUCGAUUUUUUUUUUGAAAAAUCUCGGGCCGAUUUUUUUUUACAUUUUUGGAUUAUUCCAAAUCUGUAACUUUUUUUUGGAAAAUCUCGGGUCGAUUUUUUUUUUGAAAAAUCUCGGGCCGAUUUUUUUUUACAUUUUUGGAUUAUUCCAAAUCUGUAACUUUUUUUGGAAAAUCUCGGGUCGAUUUUUUUUUUUGAAAAAUCUCGGGCCGAUUUUUUUUUACAUUUUUGGAUUAUUCCAAAUCUGUAACUUUUUUUUGGAAAAUCUCGGGUCGAUUUUUUUUUGAAAAAUCUCGGGCCGAUUUUUUUUUACAUUUUUGGAUUAUUCCAAAUCUGUAACUUUUUUUUUUGAAAAUCUCGGGUCGAUUUUUUUUUGAAAAAUCUCGGGCCGAUUUUUUUCUACAUUUUUGGAUUAUUCCAAAUCUGUAACUUUUUUUUGGAAAAUCUCGGGUCGAUUUUUUUUUGAAAAAUCUCGGGCCGAUUUUUUUCUACAUUUUUGGAUUAUUCCAAAUCUGUAACUUUUUUUUUUUUAAAUCUCGGGCCGAUUUUUUUUUUACAUUUUUGGAUUAUUCCAAAUUUUCACAUAAAAAUCUAAUUUUUUGCAUUGAAAAAAAAGAUGAUAAUUAUUUUUAAUAAAAACGUGAACUACGUGGCAGUCGGUCUCUUUUUAAAUUAGAGAAUUUCUCUGCGUCACCAUCACAUUGCUGUUUGACAUGAUGUGUCUGAAGCCCUAAAACUCUUUGAACCCGGAGAAAUCUCUCGUCUUAAAAAUUUUUUUUUUCAGAAAGUUCCAUCUGUGACACAAGAUUUGGAACAUCACGCAAAUGUAGUUCGAAUCAAUAGUAUCAUGUCACAAAAUGCAGAUUUCAAAGAAGCUUUCAAUUGUCCAGACAACAGUAAAAUGAUGUUGGCUAAAAAUGAGCAAUGCCAUAUUAUUGGAAAAAAUGCGCCAAUUUCUAGAUUUUAA